GGCGGCCGAGAAGAUGGCGGACGGCGACAGCGGCAGCGAGCGCGGCGGCGGCGGGCCCGGCGGCUUCCAGCCCGCUCCUCGCGGCGGCGGCGAACAGGAGACGCAGGAGCUGGCCUCGAAACGGCUGGACAUCCAGAACAAACGCUUCUACCUGGAUGUGAAGCAGAACGCCAAAGGCCGCUUCCUCAAGAUCGCUGAGGUGGGCGCGGGCGGCUCCAAGAGCCGUCUCACGCUGUCCAUGGCGGUGGCCGCCGAGUUCCGUGACUCGCUGGGAGACUUCAUCGAGCACUACGCGCAGCUGGGCCCCAGCAGCCCCGAGCAGCUGGCAGCGGGCGCCGAGGAGGGCGGCGGGCCGCGGCGCGCGCUUAAGAGCGAGUUCCUGGUGCGCGAGAACCGCAAGUACUACCUAGACCUGAAGGAGAACCAGCGCGGCCGCUUCCUGCGCAUCCGCCAGACGGUCAACCGCGGCGGCGGCGGCUUCGGCGCGGGACCCGGGCCCGGCGGCCUACAGAGCGGUCAGACCAUCGCGCUGCCCGCGCAGGGCCUCAUCGAGUUCCGCGACGCGCUGGCCAAGCUCAUCGACGACUACGGCGGCGAGGAGGACGAGCUGACCGGAGGUCCGGGGGGCGGCGUCGGCGGCCCCGGGGGCGGCCUAUAUGGGGAGCUCCCGGAGGGCACCUCCAUCACGGUGGACUCCAAGCGCUUCUUCUUCGACGUGGGCUGCAACAAGUACGGGGUGUUUCUGCGUGUGAGCGAGGUGAAGCCGUCUUACCGCAACGCCAUCACCGUGCCCUUCAAGGCCUGGGGCAAGUUCGGAGGCGCCUUUUGCCGGUAUGCGGAUGAGAUGAAAGAAAUCCAGGAGCGUCAGAGGGAUAAGCUUUAUGAGCGCCGUGGUGGUGGCAGCGGCGGCGGCGACGAGUCCGAGGGUGAGGAGGUGGAUGAGGAUUGAAAUGGGCAGCUUCCCCUACUGGCCUCCCCUACCCCACCACCAUCCCCUUGGCUAGAAAGUUCCCUUUUCUGCUCACCUCCAGUGAGUUAGUGCGGAAGGGAACAAGGGAGGCUGCAAAGGGAGAAAGCAAAAUAAAAAAAUAAUAUAGUUAAGAGAAAUAACCGUAAAAGAACAGUCACGGACAAUUAGAGAAAAGCAGUAAAGUUCCAAGGAACUGACAGCAACCUGCAAAGAGAGGACAACAGCGUCUCCUCACCCGCGCGAAAGUCUCAGCUUCUGUUGUUUCCCAACCGAGGUUCCUAAACCCUGGAUAACCCUGGAAGGGAUARAUCUUCAAACGUCUGGGCCCAAAACACGUCUGAGUCACCCAGACCCACCCAUUGAUAACAGUUAAGUUUGUGUUGUACCUGGGUAAUCUAAAGAUCUCUCCAGGCCUCACUAUUGCAGUGUCUAUCCCUUCACAUCCAUUGAAAUCAGCGUUUUGGAUCUAGAUCUUCAUGGAAUCCUUGAGAAGAAAGGCCUUUGCAUUUACCCAGUUCUGAGGGUACAGGUUUAAGGAAUGCAACUUCACAUAAUCAUGGACAGGGCAAAAGAAUUAAAGAAGCCAUUGGAGAAUAUAGAAACAAAUUGGAUCCAUUUUUUAAAAAAUGGUUUUGCAUGGAACCUGGACCAAGGCCCAUGUCUUUUCUUUGCAGAAUUGUUUUCCGGGAUGCAGAUAAAUUCUGAUAUCAAUGCUUGAACUAGAAUCCAUUACUAAAAUAGUUUAAAAGUUUGCAAAUUUUUUAAAAAUAAAAAUUUUACAUUGGGGAUUGCUGAGGUAGGCACAAGAAGUCAGGCAUAAAGCACAAGGCAAACUGUUUGAGUGGACUGGUUGCUGCUCACUAAAGUUCUUCCCUUGAUCUCUAAAUAUGGAGGUCAUUAUCAAGAAAUGGCUUAGGUAUGAAUGAGAGCCAGAUCCCUAUGGCUCCCAUAUGAGCCAGUGAAUUAUGGCUAAUUCGGCUGUUACAGCCACUGGUUGGCUGCAUUUUAAACCGUAAAACUUGACAAAUACCUGUUAAAGGAACAGUGUGGCUACAAGCCUGAGCUUUAAUGGAAUAUACAUCCUCACAGAAAAGUUGGAAAUAACCAAAACUGAAGUCUUAAUUUACCUUCAGUUUAAUCUGUGGAUUUGUUCGAUACUAAAGAUCCUCAGGUCCAGAAUUCCAGCAUCAUUUAUUUUAAAAGAAAAUUUUAAGAACUUGAUCCAUUGUAUCAGUACCUCACAAUCAAAGUUGGCAAAUGAUGGAUGAAUGAUUCAAGCAGUGCUCCCGGUGGAAGCUGAAAUCCAUCUGUGAAUGAACUGAAGUGAACGUGAAUAAGCUGACUUUAUCCUGGAAGCAUUUUUAUACCAUCUUGAAAUUUCAACAAACUGGCUUUUGCCAGUUUAUCCAGCUGUCUUUCAAGAAUAAAAGUUGGGGUUUUCAAGGAUCGCCUCUUCUAUAUUUUAAAAGGAUUUUCAGUAGAAAUGAUUUUUACUAAUCAAGUUAAUCCCGACCCCAUCAAAAGGUAUUCCUAAAAGUGUCAUAGACCUAGGUAACUUUGAAUUGAAUGGGAGCUAAUGUUCUUUCCAAAGUUUUCAGGUAUUCUUUGUGUGACACCUUCUCAACCAGGAGGCAAGUAACCCCACCUCCACAAUCUUAGUAUUUUUUUUAACUGCAUGCCUGCCCUUUAUUUGAGCUGCCUUUUUAAUUUAUUGCAUAUCCUUUUUAUUAUCUUAUUUUGGUAUUAUUCAAUCUAUACAAUCUUUUUGUAUUUAUUGGGAAAUAAGUAAUAUACAAAAAGGUCGUUUCAUGUAUUUGUGGCUGAGAGGGAGGGAAAUAAUUGUGUAUAUAAAAUUAGGCUUUUUUAAAACRUAGACUAUGAUUCAGAAUAUUGUUGAUCUUAGAUUUAAAAAAAAGUGGAAGAGCCACAAACAUUGGUGCCCUUUUCAGACUAUUUCUCUACUCUCAUCAUCCACAGUAGAAUUUUUAAACAGAUUUUUUUAAAGCUUUUCUUUUAAAUUUUUCUCCGUUGCAAAGAAUGUUUCCUAAAUUGUAUGGGAGCAAUAGUAUUUUUGAUGUUUUAAUGACAUCCGUAUACUUGUACUGUAUUUUGUACUACAAGGCAGCUGUUUUCAAUAAUGUCCUGCUGUAUUUACCUAUGUGUUUUGAGUGUUCAUUUCUUUGCUGCGGAGAACAAAUUCCUAGUUUUAGUAAAGGAGCUAAGAAGCUAGCAUUAGGUUUGCAGAAACUUAAGUUUCAAACUCUGAGGCAGCAAUGAAAAUUAAGGUUGCAGCUAUUAGUUGAUUGCUGUAACUUUUUCCUUUUCAAACCAUGUACAAUUCCUGUAUAGACCAACUUGUUUUCUUGCUUCAGUGGUGGUUCUGUUGCUCAGCUGCAGUGAGCCAGUUCAAUUUUGCAAAGGUGCAGUACCUCUCCUUUUCAAGGGGUUGGUUUAUUUUUUCUUUUCUUUUUGUUUGGCUGAAUUGCAGUAACUAGCCUUGCCUUUCUAUUCUGUAGAAAUGACAGGGUCUUCACAAUCCUUCACCAGUGGCUACUAAGCUAUAAUUAGCUGAAUAGAAAGAAUGUGGAAGUGGUCUGAGGCAUAUAGAGUAUAUGCCAAGAACACUACCAUAUAUGGCAUCAGCUUUGGUUACCAGAGAAAUUUUCUUAGUCAUUAGACCAUAUAACAGUAAUAUAUCAUAUGUAAAUCUUUAGAUAUCAAUUUGAGAAUCCUCCAAAAAAAGGAGCAAAGAAUGCAUAAGCUAUGUGUUGGCAAAAGUAAUUUAUAUUAAAAUUUUGACCUGCCUAUGUAAGAUUAAGUGAUAAAUGUCAUAGUGGUGGGUUUUUAAGUCUUAACCAAUCUCUAAGGUUUAUUUCUCCUGCAGGGGGUGGUUCAUGGCCUCUCUUCCCACUGUAGGAAGAUUGCAGAAGGAUGUGGAUUAAUUGUAGCAUUUCACUGAUCCUUAUUCCAGUGACUAGGGGCAAUAGAAAUCAGCAAAGUAUAGAGAUUCAUUCAUAAAUAUUAGCUUAUUGAGAGAAAUGGUCUUUGUUGGUUUCACUCAAAUAAUGGCAUUGUAUAAACUAUGGGAAACAACCAACUUUUUUGUUUUGUUAUUCAACUGCUACUAUGAACUAUUUAGAAGUUGUAUUUUAAUCUGGCAAACAUCCCAGAUAAUCAAAAUAGUAUAUUCCUGAAAAGCAGGGAACUAAAACUCCUUUUAAAAUAAUUGGUGGAAGGUUUGUUUCUCAAACUACCAUUGCUACAGAGAUGAGAAUUCAACUUUUAGGAACAGAAUCAAGAGUAAAAAUCUGUGAAGAGAUCUUAUUACUCCUUUCUGGUUUCUAUUGUCCUUACCCAUCAUUUUAGCAAGUGGAACAGCAGUUCUAGUCAGCAAGUUUUUCAGUGCAUAUGCUGCACAAAUCAAAAUAUAAAUCUAUAUGGCACCAAAAAUCUUAAGUGAAAACCAAACCAAAAACCCAGACACCCUAUGUAACUGUUGGAGGCAUGUAGGUGGUAUAAAUGACUGUAGCUGUGAUACACACAUGGCUACUUGUCAUGUCACUUUCCAUAAUUAUUUACUGCAAAAUGAUUGAGAGGAUUUUGGUGCAGGCAGCCAUUAACCUGAUUCCUUUGUUACCUCUGGAUCACUGUGCAGUAAAUUGCAGGUCUUUUUAAGAGAUUCAAGCUUCGGUUUUCUCAAAACAAAACAAUUAUCCUGUCUUAUCUGAAAAUGCAGGGUUGUGGGCAAAAGAGGCUGGUUAUAAUAAUGCCCUCAUAUUGAGUGGUCUGUAAACGGCUGCACACUUCAGGCACUAGUUGCUGAGGAUGCUUUGUUAAAUGUGACCUUGACUGGCUUUACAGGGGUGUAGAAUGUAAUCUACACAAGAUGACUGUUUGCAUCUACCUUGAUGAAAUUAAGAAGCUGGAGUGUGUAAGCCAUGCACAUAAGUAUUCUUCACUGUAAAUUUUGUUUUCAUUUUUAACCCAAUUAUGGUACUUUGUCCAAUGCACAACUGAUCUCUCAGUAGAUAUUCAUUUGAAAAUAGUGUGGCCUUGAUCAGUAAGAAGGGGAAGGAGAGAAGUGACUUUUUUGCUUAUGUAGAAAUGACUUGUUUGCUAAGAGUUGUUAUUCUGUAGCACUCUUAGUAUAAUGUGUUUGAUCAGUCUCCUUUUUGAUUGGGGAACGUUAAUGUUUUUGACCCUGGAGUUAAUUCAAUUGAGUUUUCUUCUAUUUUUAGGAAGUAUCAGAAUUGCUCUGAUGAAUGACAAAGUUGACUGCUUUGAUGUCCAAUCUCAGGUUUUAGAAUUUAGUGGUGAAAAAAUCCACUAUUACUAAUUCUCAAAACAGUUUUAAUUUAGUGUGCCCUAAAAAUUACAUGCAUAAGGCCUGUUCAGAGAGCAGAGCCUUCAUCUUUUUGCUCCUUUUCCACUUGAAAAAGUGUCAAGUGAUUUUGCAUUGUAUAUUUCCAUUUUAACCCUGACACAGUUCUCAAAGAUAAAGCACUUUUUGAUCAUGAAAUACAUGGAAUCCUUGUGUGAUGUGGAUCAUGGUUUCUCAGGCUCCCCUAGAUAAUCUGCUUAUGAAUAUUGUUCUGACUCUAUGUAAGAAGAGUAGAAAUCUUUGCUAGUGUUAGAAAGUUUGUAUUAUUGAUCCAGAAUGCAUUUUGCUAGUUUCCAAUGGAUGGGAGAGUAAAUAAUGCUGCAUUCACAAAUUAAUAAGUUACUUUCCCUUGAGCCUUAAGGUAACUUUUUCUUUUCUGUCAACAACAGCACUGAAGUUAUGGUAAAUGAAUGAGAUUAUCAGUUUUCAGGGUUAGUUUUAGAGUACUGUAAAUCAAUUAGCUGUCUUCCUAAAGAGUUAAAACUCCCAUUCAAUAUACUGAAUAAUGAGUAUGGGGGUGGGGCUGGGGAGGGGGGGAGAUAGUUUGUAGAAAAGAAAAAAGAAAAAAAGAACCAUGUUUACCUUAAGAUAUAGACUAAAAAGAGAAAAAGUUCAUGUCAUAUGUCCCACUUGAAAUUCCAGAUAGUAAGGUGGAAAUGUGAAUUAUAACUUCAUUUCCCAUUUUUAACUUAGAAAAACAGACAUUAAUUUUCAAAUGUUAGCCCCGGAAGUUUCAAGAAAUAGCUGGACUCUUGAAUGGUGAGUUCUGUUGAUAUAUCUGAUUUUGCUAUUUAAAGUCACCUUUCCCAGUCCUCAGUUUCAAAACCUAGUCUUUAUUACUAAUGGAUCUGACACACUUUAACAAAUGUGAUCCAUUUGUCAGUACUGAAAAUUUGGAAACAGAAAAAUUGCAUCCCAAAGACCUAUACCCUAAUGAUUCCCAUUUGAUAUCUGUACCCCUGAUCUAAGUAAGGCCUUUUUGAAUGUAUUUUAUAUUUUUGGAUGUAGGGAAUAUGUCAUCAAUGUAAUCACCUCUAUUCA